AUCUGAUUUUGCGUCAGUACUACAAAUCUAGCGCCCCUGAAAUCUGUCCCGUCACCAAGCGGCGAACGAAGCAGGAUUUAAUGGAUUCAACCGUGAAGGUGAAGAAAGGCGCUGGAGGAAGAAAAGGCGGCGGGCCGAAGAAGAAGCCAGUGUCCAGGUCUGUCAAGGCCGGUCUUCAAUUUCCUGUUGGAAGAAUUGGUCGGUAUUUGAAGAAAGGAAGGUACUCACAGCGUGUUGGAACCGGUGCUCCAGUUUACCUGGCCGCUGUCCUUGAGUACUUAGCUGCUGAGGUUUUGGAGUUGGCUGGAAAUGCAGCUCGAGAUAACAAGAAAAACAGGAUAAUCCCUAGGCAUGUUCUCCUCGCGGUGAGGAACGAUGAGGAGCUUGGGAAACUUCUGGCGGGCGUGACCAUAGCUCAUGGAGGCGUCCUCCCCAACAUUAACCCAGUGCUCCUGCCCAAGAAGACAGACAAGGCCACUAAAGAGCCCAAGUCUCCAUCGAAGGCCACUAAGUCCCCCAAGAAAGCUUGAUUCUAUUUUUAGCCCAUUCGUAUUUUUGUUUGUGUGAUGUAAAUUAGCUAUUAGGCUUAAGCUCUAGCAAAACGUCUCAAAGCACUUAAAAUGAUGUAGGCUUGUGAUGUAAUUGUCAUAUUGAAUCAUUGAAUGAAAUCACCUCGAUUUUAGUUCGUUC